AUACUCCAGAAACAUUGUUAAAUCAUGUUUUUGAGAACCUUCGGAAGCCGAAGCCCCCAACACCAGCCAAACCAAUAACUACCACAGGGCUGAUGGUCAGAACACUGGCAACUUCCUUACGGUAUGCUACUUUAUGUUCUUUCAUUUCACAUAGGCUUUUUACAUAUUAAGUGUUGCUAUCAUCCAUUGACUAGCUGAGUGCCACUUCCUUACGGUAUGAUACUCAAAAUUGAUCUUCAGUUCCUCACUCAUUGUUUUGUUAGCACCAUAUAUUGAAUAUUGCAAUUUUGGCAGCCCUUAAUAGAGCUUCCAGAAAAGAAAUGCAAGCGAUGUGGUUUGUAUGAGGAGGGCACAUUUAAUCCUGAUGCUGACUUCGAUGAAGGGGCACAUUUAACAUAGCAAGUGAAGGUUUGGAAACUAAGAAGACAUCAAUUGCUGUCAUCAUAGUAGUUAGUGUUCUUGCUUCAGUCCUUGUCGUCACUGCCUUGUUCGGGGGCUUCAGGUACUGGCAGAAGAAGAAGAGGGAGAGAGACCAGGUGCGGUUCCUCAAGCUCUUUGAAGAGGGAGAUGACCUUGAAGAUGAGCUGGGCCUUAGUAACGAUUUCUAAAAUAGUGCAUGCAGUCUUUCUUCCGAUGUUUUCAGAUGUAGUUUCCAUGUAUGCUGUAUAGAAUGUGAAUCCUGUGAAUACUGAAAUGUACCAUUUCUAAGUGCCAUUCGUUUCAGUUUUUUUGUUUUUUAUUCGUAAGUGCCAUUAGUUAAAUAGAAUUGUGCUCAGUUACUAAUGAACAAACUUGACUAGUGCAAUGGUAACCACUCCCUACUUUGAACCUUAGCGUCUUGGGUUUGAGCUAUGCGAUAGUCAUAUUUUUUUGUGUUUGUUGACAUUUUUCAAUCUUUUUUGUAUUUUUCUUUUAUUUAUUUAGAUGUAUAGUACUAGUUUCUCCAAAUCUUUAGAACUAGUUUAACUAUUAAUGUAAUUACUUGUUAUUUUACUAAAGAAUAAGUGGUAAAAAACCGUCUGUAGCUAGAAAAAUCUAAAAACUUGCAUGUACACUUCAUUUUGGUGUACAAUGUUGACAAAAAAAAUUCAAUUUAUUCUGACAAAGUGGUGACAUACAUCCUCAGAAAAGGCAUACAUCUCUCACAUAGAGCCUAGUUACUCAGUGAGAUAUGUUCAUGCUUGUGAUGGAUCUAUACUCCCACUUUAUCCAAAUCAUUUCAACUUUAAUGGGAUGUUUAUUGAACCAACCUAUGAUGUUGUGUGCAUUUAUGCAUUUUCAGACCUAGUUUACCAAUUACUGUAAUUAUUUGAUGCAUUUCUUAAAGAUAUUUCUUACAAUACCAUAACCUAGCUAUAAAAAUCUAAAAACUUGCUUGCACCAUUCAUUUUGGUGUUCAAUGUUGACAAAAAAGUUUCAAAUACUUCGGACAAAGUGGUGACACACAUCCUAAGAAUGGUAUAUAUCUCUCAUAUAGAGGCUAAUUACUAAGUGAGAGAUGCUAUUGCAAGUGAGAGAUGUAUAGUACCACUAUGUUAAAAUUAUUUCCAAACAUUAUAUAACAUGAUCAUAAACCAAACUAAUGUGUCCAUGAAUAGAUAAUUGCAAAAAAAAUUAUAGAGAGAAAUUGAAAACAAAGAAUAAAUAAAAAAGGUGGGCAAAACAAAAAAUGUCUCCUUAUGGGCUUGAACCUAGGAGCUCGAUCUCAUAGUUAGCAGGUCAGACCAUCAGGCUAUUCAUGUGUUUUCAAUAUGUACCCAGCGCUACUAUAUUUAAAUGCAUUAGCCUCCGGAUUGCCAAACAAAUUAGGCGCCAAAAAAUAUUUUUCUGCGUCGUCACUAAAAAACGCCGCCUGGGACACCAUUUUCUCCCCCACUCAUCCUCUUUCUCCCCCACUCUUCUUCUUUCUCCCCCACAAGUUUCUCCAACCCUAAUCGCCGCCGUCGGGACACAACCGCCGUCGACAACCUGCCUCCUCGACCAGGUACCUCACCGCCGCCGCUAGGACACAUCCGACGUCGAUGACCUACCUCCUCGACCAGGUACCUCACCGCUGCCCCCUUACCUCUCAUCGCGUCGAUGAGUUGUGUCAUCGCCGACUUCACUCGCCGCAUCCCGCUCUAUCUCAUUGCCAUUCGCAUUUCUCUCGCCCCUUCCACCUAACACGCCCCAUCCACAUUUCUCUCGCCAACCCCUAAACCCUAACCAUCACUGGAUUUGGGUCAUCGCCGACGACCUUGAUGGUGAACACAAGGAGGCAAAACAGUCAGAAAGGUCCACAACAAGAAGAAGUUCAACAUGAGAUAACUGAUUAUGAGAGAAGACGGGAUAAACAAGUGGAGGAGAAUAUAAAGAAGAUGCAAGAUUUGGGUCUGAAUAAAUAUACUUCUGUUCUAAAUAAAUCUUUACCACCAUCUGCAUCAACAAAGGGGAACAAUGCAGCAAACAAGAAAACUAAUAGUUCAGAUUCGGAUUCAUAUGUCUCUGAUUAUCUCCUUGACGAUGAUGAUCAAGGAGAUCCUGAUGAUGAUGACACUGAAUCUUAUGAGCAGCCACAACCCCUGGCAAUUAAGUAUCCUAGAAGUGCUACAAACACAACUCGUGCUUCAAAGAAGAAGACAAACCCCAACAUGGCUCCAGGAAUUAGGUUCAGCAAGACAGUGAGGGCAGGUCCACAACUAGAGGAGCAACCUUCAAAAGGCUUCAGUCUACAGAGACAGAUGGCCACAAUGUACAGGAACCAACAUAUGCUAAUGAUGACAUACCAAACAGCCCUACUACACUUGGACUUGUUGAUCAUUUCAGCAGAGCUGCAGAGGAAGACAUGGCAUCCGCUGCUCAUGAUAGUACAGGUGAUGCUGAAGGCAAUGUAGCUAGAGAUGAAGAAAC